AUGGCUCUUCCCUGGACUGCCUACUGUUCUGCUACUGGCCAACCUCAUCCUGCUCAUUUUCUACAAUGUCCGACCUGCCAGGCAGUCAAUCCUGCAUCUAGGCGGACUGCUCAUAUUGAUCUUACUGCAUCACCUGAGCCACAACCUGUACAAUCUGGCUUGUACGUACCGACUACCUCAUCUGGUGGUGGUCCUCGUACGACAGUAUUCGGAGGAGAGAAUGUCCGCCAGAAAGCUCUCUUGCGCAAGAAGUCUUCAAAAGAGCCAGCUGGUAUGAAGAUUAUCAUUCAUUUCUACCUGUACAACAUACAGGAAGGGGAAUCUGAAGAUGAUAUUCCAAUUACUACAUGUACUCUACUAGAACAGGUACAGACUUAUAUCAAUAACUACGUACUUCGUGGCCUCGAUGACUUCCUCCGAGAUGAGCUGCUUUCCUCAAUGACCAGCAGUACGUACGUACGCAGUACUAGGGAUCGCUUCCGUUUAUCAACAGGGAUUGUGAAGAAACAACCAGUCUUUCUGUCUCCAACAGCCAGAGGUCUAUGUGAUCAUUUAGCGUCGUACAGUACCUUCCUCUACUACAGAUGA